UUGUUUGCGGCGCCCCGCUACCGUUCUCGCCUUUGUACUAAAUUAAUGCGUUUUUGGCUAAUCCAUGGAAUAACAAAUUGUGAACAACUUUGGUAAAUAAUGAAUUCAACAAUUUGUGUCCGAUGUGUACUCAAAGAUGCCGUUUAAAUAGUUAAAAAUCAACAAAAAUGAUUUGCGAACUUUGUAAUGGCUACCUCCGCGUCCCCCUCGUUCAUCAAUUGACUUGUCAGUGAAAAUAUUCGUGAAUAAUUCAAAAAGUUAAAACUGUUACCUAUAAUUUAUGGUAAUAUUGUGAUGUUUACCACAUUUUAUUUUGUUUUUCAUAUAUUGUAAUGAAUAUAGAUAAUCAAAGUGUUCUGUCGGCGGGGCACAGUACUUCAAAUACUGAGGGUAAUUCACAGAGGCCUGCCCCGACCACCUCUGUUCCAACAGAUCUUAGGGUUAAUACCACUGCACUGAAUGCUGUAGCACUCAGCAAUGUUGCUAAGUACUGGGUUUUGACAAAUUUAUUGCCUGGCCCUAUUCCGCAAGUAUCAGUUUAUGGUUUACCAGGUGCUAACAGAGAUAGCCAGGGAAAAGUAUCACAGGAUGGGAUGCUGAGUCAGCAUGCAGGCCUCCUUCAAGCAGAUCCAUUGUUGAUACAACAGCACACCCAAAUUCCAGUAAGCAUAGCAACCUCCCAAGGGAACUUAGGAAUACCGACUGGAAUACAACUUGAAAACACCCACGGUAUGUCUAAUCAUCACCAAAACGGAAAUGUGACUUCACAGAACCACAAUCAGAUAUCCAGAGAUGUCAGGAUACCACAAUCACACCAACAGAACCAACAACAUUCUGGACAACAAAACAUGGUUCAGGUCCAAGUUCAAGAUAAUUUGGUUUCCGUUAUUGAAGAUAGCAAGGACCAGAAAGAUAUCAUUUCGGCUCAGUUGCAGGCAAUACAGGCUGCUCAACUUCAUCUAAGUGAAAAUCAACUCAACCAACAAGCUUUAACAGUCCAACAAUUGCAGCACUUGCAAGUCCAACAAGUUUUGGACAAUGUGGUGAGAUCCCUUUUCAGUUUUGAGAUUAUCUGAGUGUUGGAGUAUAUCAUUAUUAGCUUACAAGCUGGUUGUUUCAAAAGCUUUGUUUGUUUUUAUGAGUCUACUUUAAAAUGUAA